CCAACAUCUUAACCGAGAUAAAAACAAACAUACUAUCAUAUCGCUAUCUGAAUUAAGGCAUUAUCCUCUUGAGAAGCCAGUUUUAUAUAAAUUAGCAAAGCAAUAUUUCCCAGUUAUUGUUGGUUCAGUGAGGAUUGCAGUAUGGCUACUGAAGUUCAAAAGACCCCCGUGUCCAUGAUCGACCCGUCACAGCUUCUGCGCCCGGAGCCGACCUUCAACGACAAGCCCAUCGACGCGUUCCGCGACUACUCCGUGAAUGACUCCGACCCCAUCAAGGAGCGCGUGCGCAGGACCUACUACCUCAUGCACACCAAUGUCACCGUCGACCUGGUCAAGCAGAAACGUGAAAAAUGGCUGAAGUUCAACCACUUCAAGGCGACGAUCAAGGAGGCGCUGAUCAAGCUGAACGAGCUGGUGGACGAGUCGGACCCGGACACCGACCUGCCCAACAUCGUGCACGCCUUCCAAACCGCCGAGAGGAUCCGCCAGGACCACCCCAACGACGACUGGUUCCACCUCACUGGACUCAUCCACGACUUGGGAAAGGUGAUGGCGUUCUACGACGAACCUCAAUGGUGCGUGGUGGGCGACACGUUUCCCGUGGGCUGCAGGUGGGCCGACUCCAUCGUGUACGGCCCUGACAGCUUCAAGGACAACCCUGACACAUACAACCCUAAAUAUAACACGAAGUACGGUAUGUACGAGCCGCACUGCGGUCUGGACAACCUGAUGAUGUCCUGGAGCCACGACGAAUACCUCUACCAGUUCCUCAAACACAACAACGCUGAGAUCCCCGAGAAAGGGCUCUACAUGAUCAGGUUCCACUCGUUCUACCCGUGGCACGCGGGCGGCGACUACCGGCACCUCACCAACGACAGAGACGACAAGAUCCUGGAGUGGGUGCUCGAGUUCAACAAAUACGACUUGUAUACUAAGAGCGAACAGAUCCCGGACAUCGAAGCCCUGUGGCCCUACUACGAAGGGCUCAUCAAGAAGUACAUACCCGGAGUCUGCGAGUGGUGAACAUACAUACAUAUAACGAAAUAAUAAUAAAAAAUUAAAUAAUAUUAAAAUAAUAUACAAUUAUAUAUUCAAUAAUGGACACAGAAUAUACGAAUGAUAUGUAAAAAGUACAUUUAUAUUAAAUUAUUCGUUUCAUAUAAUAUCUAUUUUAUCUAAUGAAAGGUUCACUAGAAUACUUCCUUGGUAUUGUUGUAUUUUAUUAAAUAAAAAUAGGUGAAGUUUAAUAUUAUAUUUUCUCAUGUAGACUGUACUUACUAUAUAGUAUAUAUAUAUUAAUAAAUAUAUAUGUAUCCUUAA